AUGCCGAUCCUCAAUGAAGAGCGAAAGCGGCUGCUGUCGCAUUUCAGCGACGACAAUGAUGCAGCUGUGCCCGGCAAAGAUUCUGGCAAGCGACUGAAGGGUGCACAGGGUCAGGUCGUGCCGGUCCCAAAAAAAAGAACAGCCGGCAAAGGGUCAGCCGCCUCUGCAGAUUCCAGUUCUGCGCGCCGCAAAGCCUCCUCUGCAGCUUCCAGUUCUGCGCGCCGCGAAGCCGCCUCUGCAGAUUCCAGUUCUGCGCACCGCGAAGCCGCCUCUGCAGAUUCCAGUUCUGCGCACCGCGAAGCCGCCUCUGCAGCUUCCAGUUCUGUGCAGCAGGUAAGACGGCCAAGGUCCAAGAAAGCUCUUUCAGGGCCAUGGUGGAAGGCUAAGGGCGGGAACGAAACUGUGCGGGACGAGUAUCUGUCAUGGUCAGAUGCAGAGCACAAGCAAAAGCACGGGAAAAACCCAACCGAUGACUGCCCACGCUGCCGGUUUCAGAAGAUGAGUUCGGUGUGGCUUUCCAGUGAUGGGACUCGUGUCUGCAGCAGAGAAGGAAUUUGGCCCGGCACGGUGAAAAUGAUGGUGCAGGGUCGAAAGCAGCUGGUGACGUGGCUUGGGACCAGACCGGCCGCCUGGCCUGCUGGAAAGUGGGGCCUGGGAUGUCACCUGUGCGCGAACAUGCUGCACAAGACAGAGGAGGCUCAGGUCCAGGGCAAGCUUACCAGCAGGGUCAGACGAUUCAGUACCAAGUGGGGCAGGUACGAGGUGAAUGCCAUGAGCUCCGUUCAGGCCAGUGCGCUGCUCCUCCACUCAACUCAGAGCAAGGUUCACAAGCUGGCCAUGAGAUGCUUCAUGGAGCCCGAUACACCACCGACGCAGCUCCUGCGGGAGGAUGGUGACGAGGCGCUGCUCAGUGGGUCAGUGCCACAAGUGGCGGACUGGUUGGUGGUUUGGGAAAACUUGUCAGGGUCAUUCAGUCACACUGGCACCCAACUGUCAACGUCCCGCUUCACGCGAGGGAUGAGACGUCGGCACCGUGAUGCGGACUCCAGGGUCAUUAAGGCCAUGAUCGAGAUCAUGGCGUUAUCCAUUCGCAACAGGCAUCGCGAGACCCUUCGUCAGUCAAGGUCCAUUUCCUUGUCCUUAGACGACAAAGGCCGCUGGAGAGUCAUGCGGUACAAGUGUUCUGUCAGGGUCAACGACAAGAUCGAGACACGCCGUGGUGUUCUGUGGGUGGAGAGCCUGUCAGCGGAUGAUGGCGACCUCAAGGACAUGGAAGACGACUACGGUGAGAGGGUCACACAAUCCAUACGGAACGCCAUAAAGCAGGUGUGUGGUGAAGACACCGAGUUGUUUCAGCAUGUCGUGAACAGGGUCAACGGGGUCAUCGCAGACGGUGCCGUGCAGAAGGCCUUGAAGCUCCUUCGCUUUGCGUUGCCCAACGUCGGGGUCAUUGCACGCGACUCCUGUCACGUUCAGCGCAUCGCCACGAGCGACCCAUUGAAGCGAGAUAGCUGCACUUUGCCCAAAUGGGAUUUUUCUGGAGGCAUGGGCCAGCGAUGGAGGGUCAUCAUGGCAGCGGAAGGAGGCUUGUUCCCAGCCGUGCAGGCCUCCGAAAAAUGGCGCUACGAGCUGCAGCUGGCACAAAGGGUCAUGAAGAAAUGGACUGGCCUUUCCACGGUCUUAAAGCAGGUGGGUCAUGCGGAUGCCAGGUACGAGUCUUCAGCCAGCUCCUCCAGGCACUACGUCAACCUGCAAGCCGCCAUUGCGGCAGUGCUGGCAAUGAGGGUCACCGACCCACGGCUCGACGUUGGAAAACGUACUCAAGCAGGGUCAUGGCUGGAUUCCAUGGGCGCGGCCUGCGCCAUCGAGGCGGGACUCACAGCCGACUGGUCUGCGGAAGCCCUUCGCUACAUCCGCCAGGACGACUGCAUGGACCCUGAUUGCGCACUGCUGCUGGAGAGGUUGACUGUGUAUCAGGGUCGUGUGACCAAGCUCUUCAUUGAGGGCCGCAUCCUCUUGGAAGCAUGUCAAAUAUUUCGAGAACCCAGAACCCCUCGUUUUCCAGUAGUGUCUACUUGUGUGCUGCAACAGUUUAAAGCUGUGGAGACCGAAACCUCUGGAGGCCGUUUGUAG